CAAUUACUUACGUAGACAAACCGAAAGUAGCCUAAAGAAAAACCUGUUUAAGUGAUAUUUCUCAUUGGACUACAUUGGUGAUGGAUGGAACAGAGAAAUGGAUUUGAUGAAUUAGAGUAAGGGAACCUACCUGGAGAUGGAGAUGUUUAAUAAGUUCUUUAAGCAAAAGGCAUCUAAGUCAAACUGGGUGUGCCAUAAGUGUAAAAACGAGGUGGAUCAAGGAGAAAAAUGCAAAACAUGUCAAAGAUGGUUUAAUAAGAGGAAAGACGAAGAAGUAAACAGCACAAGGAAUGAACAAAAUACAAAAGAAGCAUUGGACGGAGCCACUGGUAAUUCUGGUGAUGAUCAAUUAAGUAGAAUAAAUUGUGAUGUCAGUGCAGAAAGAGGGAUUGAAACAGUCAAUAGUAGUGGAUGGACUUGUAAGAUCUGCUACAUGAGUGGGAAUCAAAGUACUGAAUGUAAGAUGUGUAAACAAACCAAAAAGGAUUUGAGUGACGAAGAUAACAUCAAGAAUAGAAGGAAGAGGAAGAACCUCAACAGAAGCAGGCUGAAGGCGGGUCACAGUGUAAGAGUGAAGGACGAACGGGAUAAGCAGAGAAAAGUUGCUAGGGAUAUUGCCAGAAACAUUACAGAUUAUUGCAAAGAGAAUAAUAUUCAUUACGAAGACAAAGGUUUUCCUGCUUCAAAUGCCCCCAAACGAGAUCAAGGGCAAUGGCAAAGAAUAGGCCAAAUUCAGGACAAAAGCUGUAAAGGAAAGGAAUCUUGGACCAUUUUCCGGAACCCCAGUCCUGAUGAUGCUGUACAGGGGGAAGCAGAAAACUGUUGGUUUCUGUGUGCAGUAAGUUUAUUAGCUCAGAAAGAAGAACUUUUAAGAGACAUUUUCAUCACUGACAAUUUUUGUGAAGAGGGUUUAUACCAGGUUCGCCUGUGUAGGGAUGGAAACUGGAAGACUGUGAUUGUGGAUGACCGCUUUCCCUGUGAUGAAAAAGGAAAUCUGAAAUAUUCUAGACCUCAAAACAAACAGUUGUGGGUAAUGCUGUUAGAAAAGGCGGCAGCUAAACUUUAUGGAGGUUACGAAGCACUGCACUCUGGUCUAGUGGUAGAGUCCCUGACCAUGCUGACAGGGGAGCCAUGUGAACACAUUGACCUCAAAGGGUCUGAUGUAGAGAAGAAAGAUGACAACAAACUUAAAUUAGAUCGUGACAAGCUUUGGACUGAAUUAAGGGAUUGGCACACCUCUAGGUAUUUGAUAGGAAUAAGUACUCCAAAAGAUUUACAGCAGGGGGAACUGGAGUCUUCUCAUUGCUAUCCUGUUCUUGAAGUUCAGGAGAUGAAUGACAAAAAGCUCUUGAAACUGUGGACAUGUUCAGACCACAAUCACUGUAUCACUGGAUGUUUGAAAAACAACGCUGAUCUUCAGAAGGAGAAGAAAAGAUUGUUACGAAACCUAAAGAAAGGAGAGUUUUGGAUUUCAUUUGAGGAUGAAUUUACAAAAUAUUUCAACAGCCUGUCUGUCUGUAAAACAGAUGAAGGAUGGUUUGAAUCUCGCUUUAAAGGUGUGUUUCCUCCAAUCUUGAAUAAAGAGUGGAAGUACUACUCCUUUAGACUUGUGAAUGACACCAAACUAAAACUUGGACUAUUUCAAAAAAGCAUGAGAGGAACAGGUUUAAAGAUAGAAACCUUCACAGAUCUUCUGAUUAUGGUGCUGAGGAACCAAGUUGACGGCUCUGGACGCCCGUUUGUGGCAGCCCCGCUGUUUUCUGAGGUCAUUAGCUACAGUAAGAGGCGGGCCAGAAGCCUGACAACCUGUAAUGUAGACCUUACCCAGGGUAGUUACACAGUGGCCUGUUUUUCGUUCGGAAAGUUAAGACAAGACAAUGAUGUUGAUGUUGAAGACUAUGUCAGUUACACCUUAAGCAUACACAGUUCUGUCCAGUUGCUGUUCAUGGAUGAAUGUGAAGUCAAUGCCUCUGGCUUUCCAGAGCUCAUGUAUGCCCCUGCCGAUGCUCUCAUUACAUUGGCAAAACAGAGCAAGAUCAAAGAAAAUGAUGCAGACAUCAGUCAGAGUGAUAUCAGACUAAGUCAUAUUGCGGAUGGUGUGUAUUGUGUGAUGUUCAUGUUCUAUGGAGAAAUUUGUGUCUUUAUCAACGAGACAACAGAAGGUUAUAGUUAUAUCAGGCACUAUGGACCCAGUGAAUACAUCAUGAGUGUUAGGCAUAGAAUGAAGACCACCGAUUUCAUUCCACCUAAAUCAGGACGCGUUAUAAAUAUAGUGACUCCACAAAACCCCAAGACUUCAUGGAUGAUUGCGGCUCAGAAGAAUUUCUUGAAGUCAGAACCACUAGAAAGUAGUCCCCCAGUUCCAGACACACUGGAAGGUCUCCUGACACCAAGACCUAUCCCUGAAAUUACUUCAUCGUGAUAGUUUAUUAUUAAAACCUGAUUGGUUGUAAAAAGUGGCAUUUGACUUAGCCUGCAGGCAGGUUAAUCUUUGAUUUAUGUUAAAUAGAGCAUUUUAUUUAAAAAAAAAAUGAGAUAUGUGAAAAUCAUAAGUAGAUGUAGUUUUCAUUGCUUUUAUAAGGCAUUUUUUUUUAACGAUAUACUAAAGUUCAUUGCUUACUAAUUUUUAAAAUGUCAUCUGAAGCUGUAAUUUGAUAGCAUUUACACUGUUUUGCCUUUUGUAGGUGAACCACAUGAACAAACCUUAUCCACGAACUAUAUGUGCUCAAAUUUACCCAAAUAAAAAUUGAUGCAAUUGUUUUACAUUUCACACUUAUUGAGUAAAAUUUUAUUUUUGAAAUCAUUGUUAUUUAGAUGUGUUAGGAAAAGAUUGAAACAGACAAACUGGCUGAUUCAUGUCAGCAUAGAAUUUGGUUGUGAGAUGAAGUGUACAAAUUUUGAGAGAAUUGAGAGAAAGUCAUAGAGUAACUGAAAUAUCUCUAAUGUGUAUGCAAAUAUUUGCUUGAUCAUGGAGUUAUAGUUUGUAUACUGACCAGUAAUAGAUAACUUAUAGAUAUUCAUAUAAAUUAAACUAUAUUGUGUGAUGUCCCUAGAGCUUCAUUUCAAUAGACACUUACGGUAAUCAUGUUUUAUUGCUAAUUUUUACUAUAUUCAGAAUUAUUUUAAAUAAUUACAUUAUAUACAUGUACAUUUAUUAAUUUUUUUGGUGCCUAGGUCACACUGACUUUAAAAAGUAUUAAUUGGUUUGUUGUACAUUUGAAUUUUGUGCAAUCUUUAUAUGUUAGAAAGCAUUAUUUGCCAUUUUUCUGUAUUAAUUGAUGAAAUUAUAGAGCUUCCAAAAUAUACCUGUGUGUCCAUAUAAACUGUGUUUGAACAGUUAACAAAUUUUUUUACAACCGUUUGGCAUAAAUGAAAUAUAAACUGUCUGCAAAAAAUACAUGUAAUUCCGCUGCCAAAAGUUAUUGCUUAAAUUAUGUAUGGCAAGACCAAUGAUGCAAAGAGCAUGUGUGAAACUUAAAAAAUAACCUGAACAGAAUAUUAAAAGUAGAACUUAGUACUAAAAUAAAUUCUAUAAAUUCUGUAUGUUAUUAAUUCAUUUUUUUCAUUGUAAAUUAGCAAAUUAAUUCUGAUACAACAGCAUUAGGAACAAAUUGAAUAAAUGUUCAUAUUUUGAGUGCAUGAAAUUGACACAAUUUGCCUCAAAUUUUUGGAAUCGCCCAUAUGAAAAAAAAACACCUUUUUUUCUAUGACAUACAGGACCUCAAAGAUUUACAAUUAUUUUUCAAUGAAAACCUGCAGUGUGGUGACUUUGUUUUAAGUACCGUGUAAAAAAUUGAAUUGUCCUAGUCUUGCAAUAGUGUGGUUUAAAAUUUAACAAUGUUUCCAUUUUAAAAAAUAAAUUUUGUGAGAAAACACAAAUUUGUCAUGUAUUCUGUUAUCUGUUUGGUUUGAAUCAUCUCUAUUGCUUUAUUUAGCAUAAAGUUUCAUUUGAGCAGUAAAAUGUUUUCUUUAGGUGACUAGUUCAUGUGGUUAUUGCAAAAAACAAAAACAACUCAU